GACAAAACCAACCGCGCUCUUUCAGUCUGGCCGACAGUGCUGCGCCGAAACCCACAGACUGCUGAACCAAUGACGUCUGUCCGCGCCAAACCUCGAUCUGCGGGCUCGAUGCUCAGAGAGCCAUGCUGAUGGAUCAGACCGGGUGUCUGCGUUGGUGGCCCUGUGGUGGACAUGCCACGCUCUGCUUGGUUACGGCUUUUCCGACGGCACCGACUUGUGCUCCCAUUCUGGGCCCUUGAUCCUGAACCGGCAAUCGCGUCGGAGAAUCCACCACCACAAAACGUGCGUUGGCUUAGUGCUUGGCUCUUAAGCAAACGGCGCCCCGCCGUCAGACCUGCGAACACCUGUAGUUGCACUGCAGUCGUGGGUUUCACAUUCAACAACGUGGAUGUGGUUUCUUCUUCCAGAACUUUGAAUGCGACGAGGGGGCGCGCUACAGCGUGCCUCGCGAUGCAAAAUGAGUAGCGGCAAGGCUGUUAUCGGAAGCCCACAUUCGACACCUUAUGCUGCACGAGGUCUAGACUCUCGAGUCUAAGGGAGGAAUUGCCUGUG